CUUUACUAAAAAUUAAACUUUCAACGAUGAAGUUUUUGGUAAUAUUUUUGCUGGUACCACUUGAACUAUUUUACGUAAACGCUCAGUGCGAUCAAGAGAAUGUUUCAGUCGACUCCGACGACCAAAUUCAAGGCACGAGUCUCAAUGAUCCUAUGGAGUGUAAUAAAUUAGAAGAGAUUAGUUCUUGUAAUGGUAAUCCGCAGUGUCAAAGAACUUGUGAAAAUUACUCCGAGGAUCCGAAUGCUCCAGGACUCCCUUGUCCUCGGUCUAAAUCUUGUUUCCGAGGAUGUGUUUGCCGAAAAGGAUAUGUAAGGUCUCAAUUAUACGGACCGUGCAUUCAUUUCACCAGGUGUCCUCGUGUCAGACAUUAAUUUAUUAUUUUCGCUCCGUUUUCCUCGAUUUAUAUAUGACUAUUAUUAUUAUAGAUUGACAAUGACUUAUAAAUAAAUAUUAAUUAAUCAAUCAAAUUA